CAGCAAUUUCUGUAUUCUCACCUCUGUUAUAUCGUAAGGCGGCUAAACGUGAUACAUACCGGUAGCGUAAAAUACCGCACAAUAAUUCCUGGGGUCGAAAAUGUCUGGGAAAGUCGCCGUACGGUCCGCUAUGACGGACUUCUGGCAGACACAUUCGGACAAAGAUGUUACCAACAAAAGCAUGAUGCUGGAUUCGAACGCUGACGAACUGACAAAAACAGAGGUACCUGAAAUUAUGUCGUACCUUCCCAGUGUGGCCGGCAAGGACUUGAUCGAGCUAGGCGCCGGAAUAGGACGUUACACUAGAGUUCUCGCUGAAUCCGCUAAAUCAGUCGUCUCUGUGGAUUUUAUGGAAAAGUUUGUGGAAAAGAACAGAAAAGAUAACAGUCAUUUUGGAAACGUAGAAUUUAUCUGUGCCGAUGUGACAAAAUUGAAACUUCCUUCCAAUAGCGCUGACAUUCUCUUCUCUAACUGGCUGUUGAUGUACCUAGACGACGAGGAGGUCCGGGGUCUUAUCGGCACCUGCAUCGGUUGGUUGAGGGAAGGAGGAUACAUGUUUUGCCGGGAGUCCUGCUUCCGCCCGUCAGGGAAUAUACCACGUGGUCAAAAUCCGACCAAAUACCGGGACCCCGCAUUAUAUGACGCACUGUUUCGCUCCGUCGUCGUUCAAGAGGCUGGUCGCUCCUAUGGCUUAGAACUUGUCCUCUCUAAAAGUGUCGAUACCUACAUCAAGAAGAAGAACAACAAUGCUCAAGUUGUAUGGCUGCUUCAGAAAGUGCGUAGACAAGAGGGAGACAACAAAGGAUUCGCUACAUUUCAGGAGUUUCUGGACAGUCAGCAGUAUUCAAGAAAUAGCAUUUUGCGGUAUGAAAAAAUCUUUGGACGAACGUUCGUCAGCACCGGAGGACUGGAAACAACAGAGGAAUUCGUGGACAUGCUGAACCUUAAAGAAAACGAACGUGUGUUGGAUGUUGGCUGUGGUAUCGGAGGAAGCGCAUUCUAUAUGGAAAAGAAAUUCGGCUGUUACGUGGUGGCUAUAGAUCUGUCCAGUAACAUGAUAAGUUUGGGUCUUGAGAGAGCCAGAGAAGUCGGAUCUAAGAAAGUUCAGUUUGAAGUCGCUGAUGCAACAAAGCGGGAUUAUGCUCCAGAAGAGUUUGAUGUUAUCUACAGCCGGGACACUAUUCUCCACAUAGAAGACAAACUCUCCUUGUUCAAAAAGUUCUACUCCUUACUGAAGCCUGGUGGUCGAUUGAUGAUAUCGGAUUAUUGCUGUGGAGAAAAAGAGCAUACUGCCGCCUUUAAGGAGUACGUCAAACAGAGAGGUUACUUCCUUAUCAGCCCGGCGCAGUACGGCAAGGAGUUAGAAACCGCUGGGUUUGUGAAUGUCAGAGCUGAAGAUCGGUCGGAACAAUUCAUAGACGUCUUAAAACGAGAACUGGUGAAAUUCGAGAAAAUGAAAGACGAAUUCAUUAGCGAGUUUAGUGUGGAGGAUUACAAUUACAUCGAGAACGGCUGGCGCGAGAAGAUAGAACGCGUCACCGCUCAGGAUCAAAAAUGGGGACUAUUUUACGCGGAGAAACCUUAAACUGCAUAUGGAACCGGGACGACAAAAGCUUCAUUUGAAAAAAAAAACAAAAAAAAAAAAAUGUGUAAAAAAAAUUUUGUACCUCAGAUGAGAGAUUGUCCUUGUUUUAGGGCCUACCCUUUAUUGGUGUGAUGGCUGGACAGGUAGUCUUCGAAGCUGAGGGUUAAUUUUCUGAUCUCGUGACUUUGGACAAGAUACACAUUGCACAUUUUGCCUGGAUUACAUGGCAUGGUGAUGGCACUGGCUUGUGUAUACUGCCAUUCGACAGAGUGCAAACCUUUCUGACGUUUGAUUGUUUGUCUUUUGGCCGAUAGACCUAAGUGAUGUUGGGUUUGACCUUGUUUCUGCAAGUUGAAGUUAAUAUUCAGAGAUCCCACAAUGUCGCUUACUCGUUUGCGCAAACACAUGCGUAUUUUUCAUGUUGAUACCUGUGAUAUUUACUUUCUGAAAAUUAACUUAUAUUUGCGUCGUCAUGAUAAGUUAUCUCCUGUAGACCAUCUCAAACGUCCGUUUCGCCUGAAAUUAUCUCCCUUUGUUACGUUGUGUCGCUUGAGCCGUUCGUGCUCUGGUCAUCAUCAUUCAUUUCUGCUAUUUGUAAAAUUAACUGUUAAAAGAGAAAAAUGUCUGCAUACAUUAUGUAAAUACUGUACAAAAAUAUUUGUCCUCAAAAACCUUCGUUACUUUAUUAAGGUAAAUUACUUUGCUCAGUCUUUGUGGCGAUGUAUGUUUAAAAUGAUAUAUAUUCGUAUGCAAAAUUUAUUUUAUUUAUUGGUGUUUUACGCCGGGAAUAUUCUCGAGAAAAUUUCAUUUAUGGGACGGCGGCCAGCAUUAUGGUGACACGAAAACGGGUAGAGCCCGAGGAAAACCCACGACCAUCCACAGAUUGCUGUCAGACCUUCCCACGUACGGCUGGGGAGGAAGACGGCAUAAUCGUAUACAAAAGAAAAGAAAACAAAUCACAUCAUCAGUAAAUAGCACUUUUAUAUUUUACUGCAAAUUUGUAUAUAAACGUUUGUAACAUCGUUCAUUCAUAUGUAUGUAAGAUGAUUUUGUACAAAAAUUAACAUGACCCUUAUAAUAACUUAUAAAUAUGUCAACAAGAAUGGGAAGGGUUGUCCAUUUCACAUGGACUAUAGAAAGAUUAAAAAAGAGAAAAACAAAGGUGAAAUGUGCUUUGGUGUUAUAAUUUGUGCAUAUUAAAUAUUCCCUGGUGAGGAUUUUUGACAAGUACAGACAUACAUGUUAUUUAUAAACUUGAUCGGUGUUUGACACCAUAUUCAAGAAGUUUUCAGUUAAACCAACGCCGAGUUCAGUGGUGAGGGAAGUGAAGCAAAGCCUUUCACUGACUGAAAUAAGCUAAGGUAUACAUAGAAUUUGUCGGCAUCGUCAUAUAUAUCAAGUUAUCAUGGUACUUGUUGGUGUCAAAACAACUAUAAACGCGCAAGCAUGCAUAGUUCCUAAAUAAGGACAUAAACUCUGUUCGCGCCCAUUUAUUUCAUCAACAUUUCAAAAUCAGGAAAUGACCUGAUUGUAUAUGUACACCAUAGUGUGUGUCCUUUAUAUGUUCAAGGUGCCCUAUAUAGGUAUAGGACUUCCUGUUCAGGCUAUAUUAGACAAAAUUUGCAUCUUCGUUACACAGAAACUGUACAAUGUCUGCAACGAAAGCCACACCGGCCUACGUGCUUCUGUCCCGACGA